CUACAUAUUGCAAACCAAAUUUAAAAAGGUUUCUUUGCUUAUGCAUCAACAAAAAGACAAUUCUUUGUAAUAAAUAUCUUCAAUUCGUAAAUGUCUUGGCCUUUGUCGUUUUCAAACUUCAACAUCAGCAUCACGUGAUUGGCUAAUACAAAUAAAAUUUUCUCUUUAUUUUAUUAUUUUGCCACAAGCCGUGAAAAGAUGGAGAAAAUGAAUGUCCGUUUUAUGAUUGUGUUGAUGGUAAUGUCUCUGGUUCUGGGUUUUUCGUCGGCAGUUGAUUUCAGAUGGAGGAAAACUGCAGGAUUCUCAGAUAGAUUCACCAGAGCUGUUUCUUCAGUCGUGUUCCCAGUUCAUGGCAACGUUUAUCCUCUUGGGUACUAUAAUGUAACCAUCAACAUAGGACAACCACCAAGACCUUAUUAUCUUGAUCUUGAUACUGGUAGUGAUCUCACUUGGCUCCAAUGUGAUGCUCCUUGUGUUCGUUGCUUGGAGGCGCCUCAUCCACUGUAUCAGCCUAGUAGUGAUCUUAUUCCUUGCAAUGAUCCACUGUGUAAGGCUUUGCAUUUGAAUAGUAAUCAGAGAUGUGAGACUCCAGAGCAAUGUGACUAUGAGGUUGAGUAUGCUGAUGGAGGAUCUUCUCUCGGUGUUCUUGUUAGAGAUGUCUUCUCUAUGAACUAUACACAGGGUCUCCGGCUCACUCCCCGUCUUGCUCUAGGUUGUGGAUACGAUCAAAUCCCAGGGGCUUCGAGUCAUCAUCCUCUAGAUGGAGUAUUAGGGCUUGGUAGGGGGAAAGUAAGCAUUCUGUCACAGCUUCAUAGCCAAGGUUAUGUAAAGAAUGUUAUCGGUCAUUGCCUAAGCAGUUUAGGUGGAGGAAUUCUCUUUUUUGGCGACGAUCUUUAUGAUUCUUCAAGAGUCUCAUGGACACCAAUGUCUCGUGAAUACUCAAAACACUACUCUCCUGCAAUGGGAGGGGAACUUCUAUUCGGGGGAAGAACAACAGGAUUGAAGAAUCUAUUAACAGUAUUUGACAGUGGAAGUUCUUACACAUACUUCAAUUCCAAGGCAUACCAAGCCGUAACAUAUUUGCUAAAGAGAGAACUAAGCGGAAAACCGUUGAAAGAAGCACGGGAUGACCACACGCUGCCUCUAUGCUGGCAAGGACGUAGACCAUUCAUGAGCAUUGAAGAAGUCAAGAAGUAUUUCAAGCCUCUAGCUCUUAGCUUCAAAACAGGCUGGAGAUCAAAAACUCUGUUUGAGAUACCCCCAGAAGCUUAUCUAAUCAUUUCUAUGAAGGGGAAUGUAUGUUUGGGAAUCUUGAAUGGCACAGAAAUAGGUCUCCAGAACCUAAACCUCAUCGGCGAUAUAUCGAUGCAAGAUCAGAUGAUAAUCUACGAUAACGAGAAACAAUCAAUCGGGUGGAUGCCAGUGGAUUGCGAUGAACUUGCUUCACUAAAAGCAGCUCAAGUAUAUGAAUACUGAGAAUGUUAUAUAUAGUUGGGACAAGCAAGAGCUCAUAGUUGUAAUUAGAUAUUUGUAUGUACUGAUUGGAUCAAAUCCUAUGACAAUUGAGUUACAUGAUGAUACUUAUAUUACAAAGUGACUUUAAACUUUUUAAGU